CAGGUGCUGGUGGAGGAGGCGCAUUUCUUCUGAUACUUAUCAUCAUAAUAAUUGUUGUCGUCACAUGUAGACGCAGAAAUACAGAGAAGCGAUCAGCUGCUACUGACAAACCAUUAACAACAAUGAUUCCUACUAAGGACGACAAUAAAAAACGUAGUAGACCUACAAACGAGGAAGAGGAUCCUUGUUAUGAGAACAAGAGUGCAGAGACGGAACGCGACUAUGAGAACAUGACCCUGGACAAUAGCGAAUUAACAAACAUGAACUCGGAGAAGAGACCUACCGUGAAAGAAGCAACACACGACCCUGCAGCUCUCUAUGCCAUGCCUGACAUGUCAGCUAAAACCUCAUCUCGACCUAAGACGUACACCUCGCCAUCAAAUGACACAGAUGAUCCGUCAUUAAUGUACGCUAUGCCAGACAGAAGAGCUAAGACUGUGUACUCGAGCAACAGUAAAGCAGCGCUGGGUGAGGAUAGCCUCCACGCGUAUGCCACUUCCACGAAAAAUCGCUUGGAGCCGAUCGGUAUGGAGGCAUCGACAGAUAGGGAGGGCUUGUACGCGCUACCAGACAAAAACCCGCGUGACCACAUGACCCAAAAUCGCGCCGGGAAGCGUGAUGAUGUAGAAGCCAUGUACGCCAUGCCAGAUAAAUCACGGCGGGGCAAUGAUGUUGAUAACACUGUAAUGAUAGAAAAUGAUAUCUACAGCUCUACAUAGAAUGUCAUAAGGAAAUAGAGAGGGGUAAUGGUUUUGCUGCUUCUAUUCUACAUUUUGUUGAAAUAAAAAAUGUGUGUCCUUUCAAAUGCAUAGGCCUAUCCGCCCACAUCCAUCCAAAAGCAAACACACUAUAUGUUGCCUUUUUGGUUAAUAAAGAUAGAUGAAUGCUAGUUAAAGUGCUUUUUAAUACAAAUGCUAUAGGUUGAAAUAUUCAGUAAUCAUACUUUUGACGAUGGAAAUGUGAAAUGUAUAAACCUGCCCUUUAAAAAAGGAUAUAUGUUGACAACCCUUUGAGGCGAUUUUAACUUUGGUUAGUAAAAAAGUUGUCACAUGUGUGUAUUUUUUAUUAAUCUGUGCUAUGAAAAGAAAAGUGAUGUCUAUCCGAAUGAAUAGAAAAUGUAUACAGAUUUGUUCAAUUAUGGUGAAUGGUCCUACUUUUUCAUUGAUACAUAUUUUACUAUACAAAGAAAAGUGUCUCUGCUUGCAUGAACUUGCAUUACACGAUUAUAAUGCCUAUAACUUGUAGAACACAGGUCUGGAGGUCGAAUUGUAUUUUUUUAAAUAAUUGUUAUUAUAGUAAGGAUGAUUGCAUGCCCUAACAAAACAGGCAUCGCAUCCUUACAUCCUGUCUACCGGUGAAAAAUUGAUUGGCCUUGUAAAUUUAGCUACGAAAAAUAAUCAUAAUUUCAUGUUUUCCUGCCCAAUUAAAGAUACAAUUGUUAAUGUGAGAUGUAAAUACAAGUUGAAUCCUGCUUUUAAAGGACAGCCCUUGCAAAGAAAAAAUAUAAUAUCUAGAAAGGAGGUUAAAACACUUACACUAUAAACAACAAG